UUGCUGUAUGUUUAGCUGUUUGUUUUUAUUCCCUGUGUCUGACUCAUAAAGCAACAAUAAUCCCCUUUAGCGAGUUUAUCUUUCAAUCCUGUGUCUAUUAUUCAUUAGUCAGAUCAAAUUAUUGUUCAUCUUUUCAUUUUAAAUAAUUCUAUUACUGACUCUAGAGCUGACCUGUUAAUUACAAAAUGGGAGCCCUACUAAGUGUAUUCACUGUAGGCCAGUUGGCCUGCUGUUGUUCGAGUGCAGCUUGUAACUUGGCCUUCUGUGGACUGCAAUCAUGUUUCAGUUCAAUUGUAUCUCGAAUCAUGUACGCCAUGAUGCUCUUUUUAUCAACCCUUUUAUCAUGGAUUAUGAUGUCCCCUUGGGUAACAGAGAAACUAAAAGAAGUUCCGUUCUGUAAGAGUGGUUCAGGAUAUUCUGCAAUGUGUAUACAAGCAGUAGGCUACCUCUCAACCUAUCGAAUUCUUUUCGCUCAAACCAUUUUCUUCCUCAUGUUCUCAUUAAUUAUGCUGAAUGUAAAAUCGUCAAAAGAUGGAAGAGCUGCCAUUCAGAAUGGAUUUUGGGGGCCUAAGUUCCUGGUUCUCAUUGGGCUAAUGGUUGGAGCUUUCUUUAUUCCUGAAGCGGACACUUUCGGCCAAGUUUGGAUGUACGCUGGUCUUGUUGGUGGUUUUCUGUUCAUUUUAAUCCAAUUGAUCCUCAUCAUCGAUUUCGCUCAUAGCUGGGCUGAGAGUUGGGUUGAAAAGAUGGAACAAACAGAGUCAAGGUGGUGGUAUGCAGGUCUCGUAUUCUUCACUCUACUUCACUAUAUUGCUGCUAUAACUGGCUAUGUGUUUCUUUACCUUUACUAUACCACUGAGAACGGAUGUGGCCUACAGAAAUUUUUCAUCUCAACAAAUCUUAUUGUUUGCUUCAUUCUCUCAGCUUUAUCUAUAUUACCCGAUGUUCAAGAAGCUCAACCAAGAUCUGGACUUCUUCAAUCGUCUCUUAUUACUUUGUAUACAAUGUACUUAACUUGGUCAGCUAUGAACAAUUCAGCUGAUAAUUGUAAACCAUCUAUUUUCCAACAUGGAAAUGACAAAACUUUCGAUUCAAUGUCUCUAGUCGGACUUGGAAUUUGGUUUGCUUGUGUUCUGUAUUCAUCUAUUCGUACCUCAAGUAACAGCCAAGUUGGUAAAAUAACUAUGUCUGAACGAAUUCUUAUGAAAGAUACCAGUUCGGGUAACAGUGACGGUGAAACCGGAGGAAUAGUCACUUCAAAUGAUAACGAGGAAGAUGGAGUCACAUAUAGCUGGUCAUUCUUUCACUUCAUGUUUGCCUUGGCUACUUUAUAUGUCAUGAUGACUCUCACCAAUUGGUAUAAGCCUGACUUAAAGAGCGGCAAUCUUAACCAGAAUGAAGGUUCAAUGUGGAUCAAAAUUAUAUCAAGUUGGCUUUGUUGUUUGCUAUACAUUUGGACAUUGAUUGCUCCAAUAAUCUUACCUGAUCGAGAUUUCAGUUAAACACAGAAACCUGACUGUUAUCAUUCAUUUGAUAUCAUUUCUAUUAUAACACUGUUUAUUUCCACUUCCCUCUUUUGUCUAUUUCUUGGUUUACACCAUAAACCUCAAAUAUUAUUUUAGGUUCAUACACAUUCGUCAACAAUCAUUUCAAUUAUAUUGUAUCAAAGAAAGUGUUGAUUGUACGAUCUGAUCUUCAAAUGAUCCCUUCAUCAGAUAACAAGGUUUAUAUAAUUCAUGUAACCAUUCACCAAAAGAUAAUCUUAGAAUGUAAAGAUCUUCAGGUCUAAUUGUGGCCAAAUUUGAUAAAAUGAUAAAUUGAAAUAUUAAUCUCCCUA